AUGCCGAUUCAGAUGGCCCGCAACAAUUGGGAGAAGGAAAGCGAUGCAUACACGGGCAUUGGCUAUUUGGUGUGCAGCAAGAAUAACUUGUUGGCGUCUACAUCAACAUGCGAAUGCAACGCAGCAUCGUGCCAGACAGCCGGGUGUGCCGUGACAACGGGCGCACUGUUGGAGAAGAGCGGCCGAGUUGGGGUGGCGUACCCACCAGUGCCAAUGGAGAGUGGCCGCAGUACCUCGUUCAGCUGUGAGGCGCUGCCGGGAUUCACUGGCACAGCCACCGGCACUUGCACUUCUGGAGUGUACAGUGCAGAUGUCAGUGGUUGCACGCCCAAGCCCUGCACGCCCACUGAUGCACCAAAACCUUUGAAGGUCGGAAGCGUGGCCUUUGAUGUGGUUGCGCCCAGCGAAGUGAGGAGUGGCAGAAGUUGGAAUCUGAAUUGUGCUGGCAUCAACCCGAAGUAUGAGGGCACAGUCACUGCCACCUGCCGCUUUGGAGCAGUGGAGCUGGACAAUGGCUGCUAUGAGGCACCCUGCAAUGACACGCAGAGGAUGAUUACUUUGACCAACAGCUACCAGAUGAGCAUCUCGCUGACAGGGCCAACCUUUGGCUUUGAUACACGCACGCCCAGCUCCUAUAACAAUACCAUCGUCAGCUGCGGAGCGUUCAACAGUUCGAUCGAUGGAACUGCCAGCGUGACUUGCAUUAUGGGUGACUACACCUUGGACGCCUCUGGUUGUGGCCCUCGAGGAUGCCCUUUGGGAAGCUCCUACCUGGCACAGUUAGGGAGCCGCGAAAUCAGCACUACAUUGGAAGAGGCCCUUGUGAGCGAGGAGAGCACUUCAAGGACCUGCGCUUCGGUGCUCCCGGGCUGGACCGGCACCUUCGGUGUGAGGUGUUCUUAUGGAAAAAUCACAGGCGAUGGCUCAGGCUGUGCCCCCGGUUCAUGCGCUAGUGGCGACAUUGCGACAAUAGUGAUUGGUGGAACUGCCAUGCAGACGACCAUCAGCAGCAACAUGGCCAGCUUUGACAGCGUCACCAGGAACUGCUCCACGGUGGACACUGCCUACGAGGGUGAAUUCAGUCUGACCUGCGAAGCUGCGGUCUUGUUUGGCAACACCAGUGGUUGCAACCCAAAACCCGUGGCCGGCUCAACCGUAGAGGCAAGGCAAGUGGUGGAGAGUGCGGUGGCUUUUACAUUGCCAGCAGUGAGUGCCACAGUGGAAGAGAUGCAGGCUGUGAUGGACUCAGAUGCCUCUAAGCGCGCCUAUGAAAUGACGCUCUCUGACAGUUUGGAGGUGCCUUUGGAGGAUGUCACCGUCUUCUCCAUCCAGGUCUAUGAUGCCAAUGCGGCUCGACGAUUGCAAGAGGUCAACAAGACCAACUUGCAGGUCAACGUGAACUUUCAGCUCCGAACCAAAGGCACCGCGGCCAACCAGGAUGCUCAAGUCAACAGCUUGAAAACCAAGAUCGAAAACCUAGGAAGCAGUGGCUCUUCAGAGCAGCAGGUCUUCCAGGAAUCUUUAGCCAAGAACCUGGAGGAAGCUGCCAAAGUUGAUCCGGAGAACUUGGCUUUGCUCGACUCCACCGCACAGGCCACGGCACAGCGUCGCUUUAGCUCAUGA